UCGGCCAGUUCUUAUUCGCCGAGGUUAAAUCCGCUUCUGAUGAAGGAACUAAAAGAGCCUAACGCUACGGAAAAGCAAGUGAAGAGAACUGCGAGAGCUACGUCAACGGAAAAGAUAGAUAAUGAAAGUUCCGAUUCGGAUGUCACUGUGACAUAUUACAAAGGGCUUCCCAGAAUCACGGUGCCUCUUCCAUCUAGAAGAGAAAAUUGCUCGUUCACCAUGAAGCCAAUAACACAUACAAUCGCCAAUUUUUUAGAUAUGUUGAAGACAGAGGAUCGUGGCAUCGAUCGAGCAUGCAUAACAUCGUUAGAUGGCAUCAGGAUAUCUUCCAGUAAUACGAUAGAAUCACUUUUAGAAGAGGAUUUCAAAUUAGUAAUAAACGAUAACGAAUAUAUUGUUUCGCCGCCGUUGCAAGAAAGGUGCACGAUAGAGGAUAUUCAAAAACUUGGAGAUAUACAAGCACUUAUCGCACAACUAUACGAAGCGUUCCACGUGCGAGAAUAUCAAGUCGAUAUGGAAAGAUCGGUUGUGGCCGAGCUGGAAGAUAUUAGAUUACAACUAAUACCUUUGGAACAGAAAUUGCUAGAAAUACAAAAUGCUGCUUAUAAGAGAGCGAAUUUCUUUAUCUGGACGUUCCUAAUUAUGAUGUCAAUCCAAUUUGGAGCAUUAGCCAGAUUAACCUGGUGGGAAUAUUCAUGGGAUAUAAUGGAGCCCGUCACUUACUUCGUCACUUAUGGCACUACUAUGAUGUGGUUUAUUUAUUACCUCGUCACCAGACAGGAAUAUAUGCUGCCGGAUGUGCUGAAUAGGCGUCAUCUCAUAGUACUUCAUAGAAGAGCACGAAAGAUCGGUCUCGACAUUAACUUGUACAAUUCGUUAAAGGAUCGAGCUUACGAAUUAGAAACCACUCUGAAAGUUAUUCGCGGUCCUUUAUACGACCAUAAGAUGCAAUUGGAGCGAAAGCAACGCGCCAGAUCUAGCUCCAGUAGCAGCUCAAGAUCGCCAAGUUCCUCGCCUAGUCCCAGUCCCAGCCCCGAAAGAGAUGUUCCUAAAACCACGUCAGAACUGAAGAAACAUCCCGACGAGGGAUCUAAAGUUUAGUCAAGAUGGAUGAAAGUUGGAUCAAGGUUUGUCAAAUUAAGUUCAACGUAGAGUGUGCGAUAAAAAACCGUAGUAACGAAAUCAACGAUUACGGAUCGACAUUAUCUUUUUCCAACGAAGUCUUGGAUAUAUUCAAAAGAGACUUUUUCAAGUCGCGCGAUGCACUCAGGGUAAUUUUUAAGUCCGCGAAAUCGGUGCUGAACGCGAUCAGAUUGCAAGACAAAGGGGAAUGUAAUUUAUUUUUGUGUUUGUGUGCGUUUGUGUAAAGAAACCUAGAGUGAUAUCUUCAGAUCUCGAUUCAGUCUUCCAAGUAUCGGCGGCAACCCUCACCACGCGUAUUUCACAGGCAUUAAAAUAUCGCGUUUAUCGAAUGCUCAAUGCUGUCGACGUGUUUGGAAGACAUUAGAGAAAAAUAUAGGAGAUAAUUAUACCAGGCAUCAUAAAUGUCAUAACAAUCGCUAGAUAAGCAGUCUUCGAACCAGCUAGCACUUUGACAAAAGAGAGUAACAUUUCACAAAACUUUUAUAAAAGUUUUAUAAAAUAAAAGAUGUUUUAUUUGAAAUACAACAUGAUCAAAAUGACGCAUGUCAAAUAUGACGCGUUUUUUCCAAAAAUACAUUUGGCAAAUAUUAAGGCAUUUAUGAUGUCCAGUAUAUGUUAACUUAGUGUAUGCUAUUUUGAUUAACUCUUUGUUGUAUGUAUUGUAAUCGAAAGAUUAUUUCCUGAAAGAUAUCAACGGAUGAUGUUGUAGAUUAUAUUUAAUCACUGGCCAAUCUCUCAGCACCAAUCCAAUCGUUAUCUCUCAUUCUCGGCCGAAUUAUAUUAUAAUAAAUCUCAAGGCAGCGGUGCUGUAACUUGACUCUAUAUGAUUAUAUGAUAAUGAUGACAGUAAUUUUUGCGCACUGGUGCAGACUAAAUACAAUUGACUACAAAGUUAUUCAAAAUUAUAAUAUAAGUACAUUGACCAAUGAAAAUUUGGUAGUCGAUUUAUGUACACAGUAAAAUUUAUGUACAUCGGUUUUUAGUAUACAUCUGUGCGCACUAGUACUUACAUCCAAUAGAAUUCGCUAUAAAAAAUAAAUAGCAAUUUAAAAAUUAAUUGACAAGUGAUUAUUAUGUCACUACGAUAUAUAUACCUCGCGAAAA